AUGACUCCCCCCCGUGAUAUUGAAGCGAGCGCGCCUGUCGCAACCGCUAGGAAAUCUGUCUCCUAUAGUUGGGAACAGAACCUGUCCACGUCCCCAAACACUUUCCAGUCUCCACCUCCAAGCUCAAGCUGGGUUGCGCAUCUUGCGCAACGCGAUGCGCCGAAGCUUUUAAAGCCGUUCAACACGCAGGACAUCAAAAUCCUCCUUCUAGAAAAUGUCAAUGAGACUGGUCGAGAUAUCUUAACUCAGCAGGGCUACCAAGUGGAAUCUUUCAAAUCGUCUCUUCCGGAAGAUGAACUCAUCAAGAAGAUUCGCGAGGUGCAUGUUAUCGGAAUUCGAUCGAAGACGAAGCUCUCCAAAAAGGUUCUACAGGCAGCAAAAAAUCUCCUCGUCGUUGGCUGCUUUUGUAUUGGUACAAACCAAGUUGACCUUGACUAUGCCGCCACCCACGGAAUUGCCGUCUUUAACUCGCCGUUUGCAAAUUCUCGAAGUGUUGCGGAGUUGGUCAUCGCAGAAAUUAUCACACUUGCAAGACAGCUAGGCGAUCGUUCCAAUGAAAUGCAUCGUGGAACGUGGAACAAGGUCAGCACCAAGUGCUGGGAGAUCCGAGGCAAAACGCUGGGAAUUGUUGGAUACGGCCAUAUCGGCUCCCAGUUAUCCGUUCUUGCCGAAGCUAUGGGCAUGAACGUCAUCUACUAUGACGUCGUCACGCUGAUGGCACUCGGAACGGCGCGCCAGGUUGGAUCACUUGAGGAGCUUUUAGACCAGGCCGACUUUGUUACGCUCCAUGUCCCUGACCUUCCCGAAACGAGAGGUUUGAUCUCAACAACCCAGCUGGAUCUGAUGAAGACUGGAUCCUAUCUGAUCAAUGCCAGCCGCGGUAGCGUUGUUGAUAUUCCAGCUUUGGUCCAGGCUAUGAGAAGCGGCAAAAUUGCUGGUGCUGCCUUGGAUGUCUACCCCAACGAACCUGCAGGCAAUGGAGACUAUUUCAACAACAGCCUCAAUCACUGGGCUGAGGAUCUGCGUAGCGUGAACAACAUCAUCCUUACACCUCACAUUGGAGGCAGCACUGAGGAAGCCCAACGCGCUAUCGGAGUUGAAGUUGCUGAGGCUCUGAUCCGGUACAUCAACCAGGGCAUCACGGUCGGAAGUGUAAACCUACCAGAGGCCCAACUGAGAUCUCUCACUCUAGACGAACCGAACCACGCACGCGUCAUUUACGUCCAUCGUAAUGUUCCUGGUGUUCUGCGCAAAGUGAACGAGAUCUUCGGUGAUCACAAUGUCGAUAAGCAGAUUAGCGAUAGCCGCGGCGAUGUUGCAUAUCUCAUGGCUGAUAUCAGCAACGUACAACUUCAGCACAUCAAAGAAAUCAUCGGCGGGCUUGAAAGCCUCAGUUCUUGUAUUCGAACUAGAGUGUUGUAUUAG